AUGGGGACAAUAGCCACUGAAGAGUUUGAUCUUAUGAAGGAUUCAAAAUAUCGAAUGUAAGUUCAUUACUUAUCUAUAGUUGAUUUAUUUAUUAUGUAGGUGUUACCUAUUUUUUUUUUUUUUGAUUAUAAUCUGUAGUGUCGAUUAUAUGAGUCAUUUGGUAUCUAGUAAAAUUUUGAUAUGUAUUUUGAUAAAUAUAUUUUUAGUUGAAGUUAUGAGUCACUUUAUAUUUUAGUAUUAAAUAUUAAAAAUUAUUAAUUAAUAAUUUAUGCUGUACAAUUAACUAAAAAUUUAAAAAACCAACCUUUUACAAUCUAUGGAUUAGAUUUGAAUGAAUUACCUUGAUUUGAGUUCGGUCAAUUGGGUGUUAUUUUAAAUUGAUCAUAUUAAUAUUAUAUUCAAUACCUAAAUUAAUUAAUUAUAGCAAAUUUCUCUUAUUUUAAUAAUUUUAACUAAAUGUGUGAUACCUAUUUAUAAUUUGAUACUACUUUUUGCAAGGUUAUUAACAAAAAAUUAACUUAAAAAUAUAACAAUGUAAGUUAGGUAGACAUGUUGCCAAAUAUUUAUAUUUUUAGUUGUAUAAGAAAAUAAUACUUAUUAAGUAGGUAGCUAUUUAAUAAUUUGUGAAUUUUUAAAAUCUAAUUGCAUUUAAAAUUUUAAUUUAUAGUUUAAUUUUCUUACUUUACAACCUCUCUGUUUAAUUACAAAUUAACCAAUCAUAUUAUAGAUAUUGUACUUAAAAAUAUAUAUAUAAAAAAAAAAGUUAGCUAAUUCUAGAUUCUAAUUCUAAUUCAGGUGUUUUCUAUUUAUAAUUCUAGAAACAUGUUAUGACUGAUAUUAGAUACUUACCAGGCAGUUAUUCUAAUAUAAAUACAUAUUUGGAUAACUACUUACUAUAACUAUACUUAUUAUAAUGUACUGAUUCUGGUACUUGCAUUUAAAAAUUAGUUUUUAUUUUAUUUUUUCAAUUUCCUAAUAAAGAAUACCAAAUGUUCUUGUUUGUAUUUAAAUUAAAAUGUAUUUACAUAAGAUAAUUUAUACAAAUUGAGAAGUUUCCAGGUAGGUUAGGUAGAUACUUAGAGACAUAUAUUUUUUUUAUAUUGUACUGAGAUUGUAUACAAUUCUUUUCAAAUAUGUAUCUCUAUACUAAGUAGUUGAAGUUCAAUUAUGUUUAAUUUUAGUUAGGCAAUUAUGGUAUCUUAUAAUAUUUUGUUUAACUUUAUACAAAACUGCAUUCAAUUUUGAUGUUGAACUAUUAAAAAUUGUAUUAAUUUAACACAUAUACUUGUCUAAAUAAAAACACCCAUGAGCAGCAGAGUUCUGUCAGUACAGUCAAAUUUCCCCCCACCUAUUUUGUAUCGUAUAAAUAUUCUUUAUGUAAUAAAUAACCAUAUAUUGUAAUUUAUAAUGAUCAAUUAAUCAAUGCUAUAAUAUACCACCUAAUUAUAUAAAAAAAAAUUGAAUUUGAACAUUAGAGUAGUUUAGACAGAGGUUGCUAAUUGAAACUCUUAAAAACACAUUCUUGAUACAAACUACUCCCUAAUAAAUAAAUAUCAUGCACCUGGCUUCAUUUAGAGUCUUCAAGGGUAUUCAAAAAAAACAUUCUUCAAACAAAACCUCAUAGUAAAAUUCAUAUUGAAUCUAACUUUUAUUACUUCAAUCUAUUUAUAAAACAACUCUUAUUUCCUUGUUUGAGCUCUUUUGGUCCAAAGGUAAGAAAAUUAUAUUUAUUUAUUCAUCUAUUUAUAUGUAACAGACUCCUAAUUAAAUUGGAAAAAUAAAAGAAGAGGGACUAUGAGACUUUAAAAAAAAUUAGUGUAAAAUAUGUAUCUUAUCAACAUAAGAUAAUGUCAACGUAAAAAUAAAAGAUUUUUGAAAAUAUAGUAACAUACACCAAUCUUGUUAAUAGGUCUUCAAUUUAUGAAAAAAACAACAUUAUUGAAGACUAAUAUUUUGCUUACAUAUGCAUUUUUAUUUUUAUUUCUACAAUAAAUUUCUAUGAUGUGUGUUUUUUUUUAAAAUCUGUAAACGAUUUGUAUAGUUAAUCCAGUAAGGUCAUUAUUUUGAUUUUUGCAAUAUUCUUAAUAAAAGGGAAAACUUGAGAAAACAUUUACACAAAAACAGUUUCUGUUAUAUUUUAGUUUGUUUUUUUUAAUGUAAUUUAGUGAAAAAUAACCACUAAGACCGGAAUUUCCAUUGAAUACUUAUAUAAACUUGUAUAGCUUUUUCCAGGCAUACUAUUUUUCGGUUGUUUAUAGCCAUUUGAAAUUGUACAAGAAAGUUCCUAUAAAGUUUUUGAUUGGAACAAGGUUUCUGGUAGAAAAAUUGUUAACAGAUAUACUUAAAAACAUAACAAAAUCAUUACAUUCUUUGAUUCACUAAGAAUCUAAAAAUUUUUAAAAUUUUUUUAAUAUGGACAGAUUAUAAUAUAUGCAAUAAUUUUUAAAUUAAACCUUUAUGUUUAUAUUACCCAAUAUUUACUUAGAGAACUUGAGUAACUAAGUAUUUUUUACAGAAAUUGAUGGGUAAUAUAUCAAUAUUUACCAUUUGCUUUAUAUAAAUCUAAUGAUUAAUGAACUUUAAAUUAAAAUAUAUUUAAACAUAAAAUAAUUAAAUUUAACUUUUAUAACAUUUCAAGAAUUUAUACUUGGGAAUAUAUAUUUAAAAAUUAAAUUGGUAAAGUUUAAUGUUAAGUUUUUAUUACACUUUUAUUCAGGCAUGUAAAGGAACCUUUUAAAAUAUAUGGUUAAUGACAUAAAAUUAAUUCUCAUCCUAUUCUAAAAUAAUAUGCAACAGAAUAUGUUUCAUUUUCAAUAAAUAUAAUAAAUUAAAUAAAUUAAAAUUUGAUUUUAGAUGUAACAAUUUCUACAGACCCAUUAUUCAGGAGUCCCAUGGGGAAGGUCCAUUAAUAUAGUUUUUUAUGUACAUAUUAUAGAAAUUUAAAAUAUUAAUACGCACAUAUUUUAUUAAAUUCUAACAUAGUAUUUUAUAAUUAAAUUGUUUAUAUAGUUAACUGUAUAGUAUAUAAUAUGUUAAAGCUAACUGAAGUGCUUGGCGCAAUAACCAGUUAAAUCCGAUAUAUAUAUAUAGUUUUUAGUGAAAUUAGAUUUAUUUUGUUUUUGAUUUAACAACCAGAUAACUCCAGAGGUACACCACCAAUAGAACAUUAAGAUAUGAUAUUAGAAAUAUACCAAGUUUUUUGGUAAAAAACAUUUUUUUUUUUAAAUUUUCAUUGUUAAAAAAAAAUAUUUGUGUUCAUACUGAACAAUUUUAAAAAUUGGAUUUAUCUGGUUGUUACACCAAGCCCUUCAUACUGGUCUUGUUCAACCAUAAUAAUUAUUAUACCUCUAAUUAGUUUUUGUAAAGAAACCAAGUUAUUGUGACUCCACUAUUUACUUCAUUGCAAGAUCAACUAAAUAAUAUUUAAAAUAAUAAAUAAAAGUUACAUUAUGUGUUUAAAUUUUCCACUUAUGUACCUAUUGCUUUAGUAUAAUUGAAUUAAGUUUCACCUUUUAAUAAAGUUAAAUAUAAUCUAUCGACCACAAUUUAAUUGUAUCGGUUGUGUUCUAUAAUAUAACUAGGUACCUCUAAAUUGGAUCUUUAGUUUUAGUUGACAAACUAACAGUAUUACUCAGUGGGAAUGUGAGAGGGCGAUACUGGUUUCUGAACCACCCUUGAAGCUUGUUAUAUGUAAGUAUACAGGGUGCCCUACAAAGAUAUACCCAUUACAAUAUCUUUUAAAAUAAUAAUGAUAGUCAAAUUCUUUUGCUGGUGUAAGGAUUACAAAUAUUUAUAUUUUAACUAAAUUGUUAUGUUUUAAUGAAAUACUUAAAACACUAACUUUUAUUUUAUUAUUUUUUGAAAAAUUUGAAGCUCAUCAUUUUAUAGAGUUUUUCUUCUUAAAUGUUGACAUAUUGACUUUUUAUUUUUAUUAAAUUUAUGAUUUUUAAUAAUUUACUAAAAAUAAAGUUUAUAUGUAAACAUUUUCAAAAGCAUAUAAACUUUAUAAAAUAGCUAUCUUCAAAUUUUUUGAAAAUAAAAAAUAAAGUUAUUGUUUUUUUCUAAAACAUAAAAAUUUAAUUAAAAUAAAAAUAUUUAUAGUCCUUAUCCAUGUGAAUAAUAUGUAUAAAAAAAAAAAAACAGACUUUGAUGAUCUUUAUAAUCUCUGAAGAUAUUACAAUGGGUACAUCUUAGGGGAACCCCUUUUACAUAAAAACCUAUGCAUACAAAUUGUUCAUUUGAUCUGAAUUUUUAUAUUGCAAAGCAAUUAAUAAUUUUGUGACAGUAUAAACCGUUGAACCCUCCCCUACUCUUAAAAAAAAUGCUAGUUGCACCACUGGUACAAGUGUAUAUUAUAUUGUUUACAGAAGUAUAAUUUUUAAUUGAUGAGAAUUGCCCAUAAUUUAAAAUAAUAUUAUAUGAAACAAAAUUUUAAAUGUCAUAAGUAGGUAUUCAUAAUUAAUUCAAGAUGUAAAUAAUAAUAUUUUUUUAGUACUUUUCAAGCAUUAUGUUAUACAUAAAAUUAGAUAAUUUUUUUUUUAUCUAAAUUCCAUCCAUAUUUAAAAUGAUAUUUUUAAAUUAUCAUUGAAUUGUACUUAAGUAUGUUAGUAUUAGGUAUAGGUAAUUAAUCAAACAUUAUUAAAUGAUUAGGUAGGUAUUUAAUAUCUAUAUUUGAUAAUUCUGGUGGUAUGUUAUAUUAUCGUAUGUAUUAAUGGGUAAAAUUAAACAUUUAUUUUUAGUUUUUUCGAACAUUUUGUAGUUAUAUAUACUAUAUAUGUAGCUAGUUAAAAAUUAAUAUUUCAACAAAGUUGUUUUACACACAUUUUUAAUAUAAAUAUCCUUAAAAAUGUAUAAUAUAUAAAAAUAAAAAAAUUGAAAAAAAUAAUAAUUAAAUAAGUUUCAGGGUGUGUGAAAAUAUGUACAAACAAGUAAAACAAAAUAUUAUAUUAUUAGGUUCAUUUAAUUAAAAAAAGAAGCUUUAUUUAAUUAUUUUUUCACAUUUUUUAGCAGAGGUAUGUAAUAUGAAUAAUUAUACCAAAUAAUAUAAUUAAAUUAAUUGACCUGAAUAAUUAUCUAAUAAAGCAAAAGAUUAACGAAUACAACAUUAUUUAUACCUACUCAUACUUUCUAACACAUUUUUCGUGCACAAUUAAUUAGUUUUUUUUGGUAUUUUAAAAACUAGUUGGGUACCUAUUUAAUUGAAACAUUCUUUUUAUUCCCGAUUUACCUACUUUUAAGUUUUUAGUAUAUUUUUAUAUUAUCUAAAAAUGUCUAUAACAAGUCAGGAUAGAAAGUUAAAUACUAAAAGUAAUGAUUCAUAAAUCAUCAUCGCAUUUGGUAAAUGGUUUUAUAUAAAGCAAUAAAGCUAAGAAUUAAAUUGUUGAUAAUUGCAUGCAUUUUUGGAUUAUUUUAAAGGCGUUGAUGACUUGAUACAUUUUAAAUUUUUAAAUCUUUGCCCAAAUUUUGAUUUGAAAACUUCAAUUUUCUUUUAGGGUUAGUCAAAUAAUAUUAUUUUUAUUUAAAUUUAUCAUUAUUCAAUACAUGAAAAGCAGCACUCUCUGGUUACUGGUGGAAACAGUGAUUUCCCUACAAAAUUUUAUUUACAUUAAAACAAUUUGUUUUUAAAUAUUUUAAAUUUUCCAGAAAUAGGUAAGAAAAAUGUUAAAAUAAUAGUUAGUAAAAUUAUUUUUAAUUCAAAUAAUAAAUUUUGGUGAAGUUGGGGAAUUUAGUUUAUAGUUUAUUAUAUUUAGAAAAUAUCUAAGAAUUAUCUAAAUAUGAGACUUUUAUUAGAUUAUUAUUAUUUUAUUUAUCAUUUUAUAGAUGUUUUAUUAUAAUUUUCAAAUAAUAGUUUUUAACAAAAAAUUUAAAUAAUUUGAUUUUGUGGACUCAGUAUACUUUUUAUUCAAUACAUAAUAUAAUUGUUACAGAUUGUUUUUGUAAAAUGAUUUAUGUUAUUUUCACUGUAACUUUUACCUCUUAUGGGUGUUAAAAAUCAAAAAAUUUAAUAGUUCAUUGGUAAAUAAGUAUUUGUCUUUAAUAUCAUACUACAUGUAUCCAAUAUUAUUUUUUUCAUUACUAGGGGGUCCUGCACAAGUUUUAAAUAAUAGUAAAAGUAAAAAUAUUUUUUACCAGUUAACAUUUCUUUGUUAAUUCAAAUAUUAUUGUUUUAAAUUUGUAUUCAAGGUUAAUCACAAUAAAUUUAAAUUUGCCAUUUUUCCUUUUAAUCAUUUCAAGGUUGAAUAAUGGUAUUGAUUUAUUUUUAUAUUUUGAUAAAUAUUUUUGAAAAUUAUAAUUUUAAAAAAUAAAAUAACAAUGUAAUAGGUAGGUACCUAACUAAAAUUAAAAUACACACUUUUCUAAAGUACUCAUUUUUGUUUAUUUUAGCCUGUUACUCAGAAUUUAGUCUAAUAAAAUAUUUGUGUACAAGUAUUUUUAAAAAAUUAUUGAAAUAAGGGAAUUCAAAUUCUGGAGAAGCCCAAAAAAGGUCUAGUUGCACCUAUAAUUAAAUCAUAUAAUAAACAGAAUAUUAGUUUUGAUUACAUUCCUAAAUUUUGAUACCUGGAUUUACAUUGUUUUUCAGAUAUGCACUGAAUAAUUAGUUAUUUUUCAACACAUCUUUUUUUAUGCAGUUGAACAUUUUAUUAUUCAAUACUCUGACAAUUUAAUAGUAUAUUACUUCAGUUUACUUAACACUUGUGUAAUUAUUUAAUGACUGAAGUCUUCAGUCAUAAAUAUUUGAUUUUAUCUUAUAUUGAUUUAAAUAACUAUUUUUUUACGAUAUUUUCUAAGCUGUGUACUCUUGUUCAGUACACUAUAAAUAAAUAUUAUCUUUUAGAUUUUCGAAUAUCCCCCCCCUUUUUAUAUUUGUAUAGAGAAUAUUUUUUUCUAAAAAUAUUGAUGCACAUUAAAUCAAUAUUAGUUGCUAUAAUUUUAAGUUUAGGCUUGAGAAGUAGGAAAGGUUUUUCAUCUAAUAGAUAUAGAUUCCCUAGUAAAAUUAAAAGCAUAACAAAUUAAAAAAGCAAAUUUGUAAGAUUUCAUGAUAUGUUAUUUACAAAUGUGUCCAUUUCUUGAAGUAUUAAUAAUACCAAAAUAACAACAUUGUUUAUAUUUAAAAAAAAAAAUAAAAACCUUAUUAGCAGUAAGUUGAAAUUUGUCACUGGAGUCAAAUUUUCCAUAACCUAUUUAGUAUUAAAAAAGAAUAUUAUAAUAGCAUUAUAAGCAACUAUUCUAUACUACACCAUUUAAAAAUAUAUGAUUUCCAAUGAUGAAGUUUGAACAUAAUAAUGCUAGAGUAGAGGGUUGAAAUAGGAAACACCCAACAAAAGACACAUCCUUGAUGCUAGCACAAUGUAUAAGUUACAUUCAAAUUGCAUGCAAAAAAAAAAAAAACACAAAAUUCAAAUAGUAUGCCAUCUCUUAAAUGGAUCUGUCUGAAUUGCAUGCCAUCUCUUACAGAGGUCUUUCCGAAUUGCAUGUCAUGUAUAAUUUUCAUAUCAAUGAUGAUGAAAAAAAAAUUGCAAAAAGCUGGAAGGAAAAUGUUACUUUUAAAUUUCAAUUCAGUAAUUAAUAAAAAGUUGGUAAAUAAAGGCAUAAUAUUCUUAAUAUUUUUUUUUAUGAUUAUCAUUGUUGUUAUUACUUUUCGCUUUUUAAAAUGUUUGAAGUCUAAAUUUAAAAAAUUAAGUCUUAAUAAGUCAAAUUUAAACGUUAUGCAAUUUGGACAGACCUCUGUAAGAGGUGGUAGUCAUGUGAUUCUAACAGAUUCCUUUAUAAGAUGGCAUGCAAUUCAGAUGUUUCAAUUUAUAUUUAUUUUAUUGCCAUGCAAUUUGGAUGUACUAAAUGUGUAUACAUUUCCCUUAUUUUUAUUUGGGAGUUCUAUGAGAGUGUUCAAACAAAAAAAAAACUCCUACAAGAACAUGAUAAAAUUCAACCCAACUUUAAUCACUUCAGUCUAUAAAACAACUUCAGUGUCUAAGUUCAAGCACAUUUACUCCAGUUGGAGCUACUUAAAGUGUUAAAAAGUAGUAGGAAAUAUACAUAGCAAGGUCAGUACAUUAAAUACCUAUUUCGCGACUAAGUUUGACAUAUACUUGAACCACAUGUUCAAUUUCCAAGCAUUUCUAUUUGACCAAACAGUUUUAAUUACAUAAAAUCAAAUAAAAACUAGAAAAUGUCAAAUGACUAAAAAUAAUUAAAAAAUCACAAUACUGCUUUAAAAAUAUUGUCAUGUUCAAAAAAACUAAUAUAAGUAUUUUGUGAAAAUGUUAGAACUCUACUGUUACUUUUAACUAAGUUACAACAAACAAACAAAAACAAAAUAAUUAAAUUGUUAAUUCCAUAAACUUUUCCAUUUUUCAAUUAUUAGGCAAACUACAUGGAAAAUCAAGUAUAAACUUUCUUAUUAGACAAAAUAUGCUAUUUUUAAAAUUUGAAGUAAAAUUUCUGGUUGAAAAGUAAAAUCAAAAAUAAUGAAACUAAUAUUGUCAUAAAUUUAUCUGUCUUUACAAUACCUACAUUUUUUCCCGAUGAUUAUAAAACCUACUUAGAAAAUAAUAAAAUAACCUCCCUAAUAUUAUCUUGCAAUCAUCAUUAGACAGCGCGCUCACUCUGUUUAGUUUCUUGUGUCUUCUUGUGAGACUAUUUCAAAUUCUUUAUUUAGACUGAUCGUCCCAACGACAGGUGGCUCACCUUAAGGACAACAUUCAUCAAGCAAUAGUCUAUGUACGUGAUGCUAAGCUGUAGAGAGUCACCCUAACUUCUGAAUUCGGCUUUAAAAGUGUUUGGACAAUGAUACACGAUGUUUGAUGUUGUAUUCAAAACCAAAACAUUUCUUUUCGAGUAUUUUCAUGAAAAAAAAAAAAAAAUUGAAAUUGAAAUUACUAAUACUUUUUGUUUUAUUUUAUUUGUUUUGUUGAUUUGUUUGAACUUUAAAAAAAAGGAAGUAAUUCUGUCAGAACCUGUAGCUUGUAUAAUAUAUAUAAUAGAUACAAUACAAUGCAAUAGUAUUUAGUAUCAGGGACAAUUCCAUAAAACAAUGUUAUUAAUACAUGAUUACAUUUUAUUUCUAUUUAAAUAAAAACUUAAUCACAAAAUAUUAUAGCUCAACAACUAUUGUUUUACACUUAUAAACAAAAAAAAAUAAUAUUAUAAACGGGGGUCAUUCAAAAAUUAAGUUUCAAUAGGCCUUAUAUUUUUCUCAAAUUAAUAUUUUUGAAAUUUGAUGGCAACAUUGUUUGAAGAGCUUACCCAUAGUAUUUAUAGUAAAAUUGAACUUAGUCGAAAAUCGUAUUAGUUAUUAUUUACCAUCAUAGUUUGCUCUGCAGUUAUGUUCAUAAUUGAAAUACAGUCAGUGAUCAGAAAAAGUAAUUUCGAGGUAGAUAGUUGAGAAGUGGUAUGAUAGAAAAUAAGAAAGGCGAUAAAGAACGAACGAUCCGGGAAAUUUUCAAAAGGCAUUGUUCUUCUCCAUUACAAUGCAACUCCACAUUCAGCGAACUUUACAGACAUUUUUUCAAAAAAAUCAGUGGAAAGUUUGGAAACGCUCUCCCUGCAGUCCAGAUUUGUCGCCAAGUGAUUUUCCAAGAAAAAUUAGUUAGCAAAGGACAAUCAGAUGAAGAAGUGAAAAAUGUCUCUAACAAUUGAUAUUUACAAACUGGAUGGAGUUUUUCAAACAAGGCAUCUCCAAACUCGUUCAGAUCUGAAAAAUUGUUAAACAGUAGUCCUCAAACUGUGCUCCAUGGAGCCCUAGGGCUCCUUGAGAGUAGGCUAAAAGCUCCGUGAGCACAUCUGUAUUAAUUAAAUUCAAAUCAUUAUUAUAUUUCUUAGUUUCUUCCAAUUUCUUUAGAUUUAAAGACCUAAUAAUAAAAUUGUAGUAAUAGUUGUUGCAUUCUUCAUUGUCAAGCAUUCGAUAUUAAAAUGAUGCCAAUACAUCUUAAAAAUGUCCUUGAUGAGGCAGUGAAGAUUAUAAAUUUCAUGAAAUCUCAACUAUUGAGCACAAUACUGUUCACAACUUUGUGUAAAGACAUGGGAAGUAUUCAUAAAUCACUACUUUACUAUACCAAAGUAAGACACUUGAACGCUUACUUGAAUUGCUCAAUGAAUUGUACGUUUUUUUAAUGAACACCCAUUUAAUUUACAACUCAGACUUACUGAUAAAAUUUGGUUAUUUGGACUUAGUUACUUGGCUGAUAUUUUCACAAAAUUAAAUGAAAUAAAUUUAUCAAUAAAAGGUAAAACUACAACAGUUUUCACGGCAAAUCAAGAAAUCCAAGCUUUUUAAAAAAAAAUUUAAUCUUGGGCUGUGUGUUUUUCUCAACAUAAAAUUGAUAAUUUUGCUUUGUUAAAUAAAUUUAUAGAAUUGAUUGAUGGUAAUAUUGAAGAAAUUGAUGAAAUAUAUGACGAAACUGAACAACAUUUAAAUAAAAUACUGUCAUCAUUCGAAAAAUAUUUUCCAGAGAGUUAAGGUAUAGAAUUUAACCAACAAUAAAAUUGGGUUAAAAAUCUAUUUUUAAUCAAUGACAAGCUUCAUCUCUAACAGAGUAUAAAGAAUUUAUUAAAAUCACAACCAAUUCAUUGUUAAAAACUUUAUUUGAUAUAAUAUCAUUAACAGUUUUUGGUACAGUAUCAGUAUACUAACGAUUAACAAAUAUCAAUCUCUAGCUAAAAAAAACUGUACUAGCACUUCUUCCUUUUGCAACAACAUAUCUGUGUGAAACUGGAUUUUUAUCAUAUGCAUCAACAAAAACAAUAUAUCGCAAUAAAUUAGAUGCUGAAACAAACAUGCAAAUCCAACUCUCGUCUAUUAAGCCAAAUAUUAAAAUAUUGAUCAAUGAAAAAAGCCAAAAUCAUGGAUCACAUUAAAAUCAUUAAAUAUUAUUAAAACAUAUAAAUUCCUAAAAUUAUAUGUUCUUCUUUUCUAUUAAGUUAAUUAAAUAAUUUUUAUACAUUAGUAUUUUAAAUUAAAAAAAAAAUUAAAAAGGAAAUCAUUUACAAUUUACAUAAUUUUAUAUGAAUUAUUGUUGUCUCAAAUAGAUAUUCCUUUUUUGGGGGGCUCUGUUCAUUUUUUUAGGAACAUAAGGGCUCCGUGAACAUUUUUGAUUAACCCUCAUAGAUAAGAGUAAAUAAAUACACUAAAAAACAACCAUAUAAGACGAAAUUUUCAAUUCAUUCUUUAUUAGAUACUAGUAUAUUAUAGUAUAAUAGCAUUGUUUAUGGAUAAUAUAGAUGAGAUAGUACUCAAUAAGAUGCAAAAAAAUGAAUUAUAAUUAUUAUCACUCCAAAAAAAAACUGAUUAUCAUAUACUAGGUAAUACAAAAUAGAUAUGAGACUAAACAUUUAUUUCAAUUUUUAAUAUUUAUAAAAAUAUAUAUUUAUAACUUAUUAUGUUUUACAGGAAUUUAUUAAUGUAAUUUUUAUUUAUUAUCUUAGUUUCAGUUUAACAAUAAUUAAUAGAAUAUGUUUUUCAAAUAAUUAUUUAUUGUUAAAAGAGUUAUAUUUUUGUUACAAGUUCCAAUCAAUAUUUAUAAAACAAUUAUUCCCCUGUAUCGUUAACUUACAGAGUUAAUUAUUACACAUUUACUUAUAUUUUAUAUUAAAUAAUUGAUAAUUUGAUUUUUAUUUAUUUAGUCCAAUAAAAAUCUAAUUGUCUACAAUAUUUUAAAUGUCAAUCAAAAAUAUAUUUCUAAUAUAUUAUAUUUUGGAUAAAAAUAAAACUCUUAGACUUAUAUUCUUUUUUAUAUUUUUAGAAUAUAAUUCUUAGGGUUAGGUCAUAAUUUACUUAUAACUAGUAGUAAUAUUUUGAAUCGAUACUACUUUGGUGAACAUAAUAUAACACAAUCCAGCCUUGAAUCUUACUCUUUCUAUAUAAUUACUGGAUAGUGUCAUCCAAAUGAAUUCUUAUAAUAUUGCUAUUUGAAAUUUCUUACUUUUUUUUAUUACUAUUAUUAUUAUGAUUAGAAUAAAUUGUUUACACGUUAUUGUCUAUAACAUGGUAUGCUAUGUAUUUCAAGGCUAAACUAAUAAUAUUUUUACUAUUGUGAUUGCUCUUAAACUAAAAUUGAACACAUUUUAUGGAAUUGUUUAUCAUUGAAGUAAUCUUUAAAACAUUAAUUUUAUUAUUAUUUGUUUAUUUUCAGGUAUGUUAAUGCUGUUGAUAAAGCAUUGAAAAGUUUUGAGUAUACGAGUGAAUGGGCAGAUUUAAUAUCUGCUCUAGGAAAAUUAAAUAAGGUAAAAUUAUUGAUUUUAUGAUAGUUAAUAAAUACAAUUUACAUAAAUUAUGGUUUAUGUUUUAUUUCACAUUUCAACACUAUUUAUAAAAAAUAAAAAAUCUAUUACCUUUCAAUUCAGUUUUUCUAAUUUUUAAAACUCUGUUUGGAAAUUAAAAAUAGUUAAACAUUUUUGGCAUGAGAAUAUAUUUUAGAUUGUUAUAGUCUACAAUUAGUUUAAUUUUUAUACGUGACAACACUUGAACAUUUAAAAAAAAAUCUACUCAAGAUAAAAACAUUUAAUUUUAUUGUUUAAUUUUUGUAUUUAUUUAAAAUCAAACAAUUUGGAUUAAUUCCAUUUCUGUAUGAAUGGUUUAAAUUUAAAUCUAUUAAAUCCUAGUGAAUAUUACAGAAUUAACGAAUAAAAUUAAUUAUAAAAAAGAUUGACAUACUUCUCACGAUGGGUGGGCCAUUGUUUAGGUGAGAAAGUAGGAUAUAGAGGGAAAUUUAAUGUAUAUAUGUAGGUAACUAUUAAUUGUUGCUAACAAAAAAAGAUUCAGAGGGAAGUUCAGUUAUAUAUAUUCUAAAAACAGUUAUAUUUAAGAUUUUAGUCAAAAUUUAAUAUUAAAAAUUCUACAUUAGGUAAGGUACUAUCAAUUAUUUUUUUUAAGUGCCAUUUGAUUUUCAAUUAUAACACUUUUUCUGAAAGUAAAUCUAUUAGGGUGGUACUUUAGAGAGGUAAUUUUUCGAUUUUCCCUAAGAGUUCCCAGCAAAUGUAAAAAAACCCGGAUAGAACAUGAGAAAAACGUAGGGAAACUGGGAAAAUCGGUACAACAUUAAACAAAUAUUAUUAAAGAAAAUAUAUAAAGCCUAUUUAAUUAUUUUAUUAUAUGACAUAUAUUGUUGACAAAGCGUAAUUAUUAACUGAACUCCCCUCAGAAUCGUUUUUUCGUAAGCAAUGGUUCAUCGUUGCUUACAUGUAUACAUUAAAUUAUCUAUUACAGUGGCUGCACCCGUCUUCAUUAUCCUAGGACGUCUUUUUAAGCCUGAUUUUAUAAUUAUUAUCAAUUAACUUUGGGCACGAUUUUUGCAACAUUUUGUUUUUCUAGUUUUGUACAUAGAUCUUCUUUUAAAUUUAACAAUUUACAACUUAAAUCUUUUUUUAUGUUCUUAGUAGUAAAUAACAGCAUCUAUUCAUGUAUCCUGGUAGGUCUAAUUUAGCUCUGGCAAAUGAAUCUUGAAGAUAUUCAGAUGUGAUGGUGUUAUUUAAAAAUGUUAUCACAAUUCGCUGAUACUAUUUUGACUAUCUUCUUAUCUUUAUUUUAUAACUGAAUCCAUAGAUAAUAUGAAUCCUGGAAGAAAAGUCUGAGCACAUUUUUACUUUCUACAAUAUUAAUAAUAAUUUAAAAUAAGUUACGUUUUGAAAAAUAAUCAAUAUAAACAUUUUGAUCUUACUAUUGAAAGUUACCGAAGUAGUUGGACAUUUUUUCAAAAUUUUAUUUGAACAUUUCCAUCGAAUACUCGAAACAAGUUUAUGAUAAAUCGUAGGUAUCUGAAUACCCAUUAAAUAACUAUUUUUUUAUUUUUUUAAUAUGGUAUUGAGUCGAAAAAUAAUUGAUUUAUUGUAAUGAUUUAUCUAAACCAUGUGUAAAUAAAGUAAUAAUAAUAAGUAGAUAUUUUUUUAUUUUUCGGACUUUUUGUCUAACAAUAAAAAAAUUAACCGGACUUUUUAUCCAACUUUUUUCAAAACGGACUUUUUAACCGAUUACCAGAUAAUAAUACUUCUCAUAUUAUCUAUGACUGAACCAUACAAUUUGUAUAAGACUGUUUUAUUUGAAUAUACACUUUCAAAACAAAUUCGCAAAUGUCUAAAGUUCUGACCCAGUAAUACUCAUCAAAUAAAUACUUAUUGGUUCAUGUUUACAAAAUAAUAAGUAAAAACUUUUAAUAUGUACAUUCAUAACCCAUCUUAUGCCUUAACUUGGUUUUUGAGGUAUAAUAUUUUUUUAUCUCCACAUUCUGAACUCUUAGGUCUAAUUAAAAUUAAGAAAAUAGCAGAUUGUUAUAUAGGACUAGAGAUUGUCUGUUUGACGUAUUUGUAAGAGAAUAAUUAACUAUUCAAGUACCCUUAGCCUACAGAUAUACGUUAUUAUAUGAUUAUGAAAUAUAUACAGAGUGCUCAACGAGGAGUUUUGGAAUUAAAACAAUGAAGUAGUCAAAUUUACAUUACACUUACAUUAGAAAAUCUUUGUGUACACCAUGUAUACACUUUAAACUAUAGAUUAAUGUUAAAAAAACAAUAAAACUUAUAUUGCAAAAUAUUUAUUUUUAAAAUAAAUAAUAGAUAAUAAUAACUAAUUUAUUUCCAAUAUAAAACAAUAUAAUAUUCAAAUUUAAAAAGCUGAUAAUUGAAAAAAAGUAUAACGUUCAUAAAUAGUUUCAAAUUUUAUUAUGUAAAUUUAUUAAAUUGUUAAAAAAUAAUUGUGUAUUAUUAAUAACAUACAAAUUCUAAAACUCAGUGGGCUGAUACAUUCCCUAUCCGCUACUGGGUAGGUCCGUAUCUAUAGACGCAUAAUUUAAAUGUCUUUAAUAAACAAUACUAGUUAUAAAAUAAAAGUAGUAUAUGAAAUACGACUAAUGUUUCAUUGUUUUUGUAUUAAUUAUACUAUGGUUAGUUAUUAAUUAUAACUAUGAAUUCGGUUAAAAAUUCGUUCAGCCAAUUAUUUAAUAUUAAAUAAUAGUUAAAAUUUGUAUAUUAUUUUUAAGACUUGCAUUAUGUUACCUUACAUGUCUUAUGAAUUAUUUGUAUGUCGUUUUAUAAAAAAAAAAAAAAAAACACAAAUUACUAAUUAUUUUCAUAAUUAUAGAUAUUAAAUUAAACUAAACAUUGGAUUCAAAAUUCACAUUAAAAUACAAUGAAACCUCUGAGUAACAAACACCUUCGGUCGCCGAAUUUUUGACCGCUACUCCGAGGGGUCCGUUAUUCAGAGGGGUAAAUUUUUGAAAUUCAUAAAGGAUAAUGUAUGAAACGUGUUUGCGCUACCUAUGUUAAAUUUAAUUAUGUUGUUAUCGUCGUUAGUUUUCGUAUUCUUAUCAUAUCAUUUGGUAACGAGUUUGUUGAAAGCAUAGAUUUAUAAAAUAACUAGAUGGCAAACUCUAUAUACUAGCUUGACAACAAUUUGAAGUCGUCAACCAUUUAUAGACGGGGCAAAAUGAUUGCAAAAUAGAAUAUAAUUGAUAUCGAUAUAAGUAUUAUCGAUUCGAUGUUUAAUAAUCUUAUAAUGGAUACAAUGUCUUAAUGAUAAAAAUAACAACCGUUAAAUAUCAAUAAUUCAUUAUCAUCUGACUUCAAUAACAGAUACGAGUUUGCUCUUUAGGUAGUAUUUUAUAUAUCUAUAGUUGAAAAAGUUCAUUAUCGUUAAACCUAAUGUUGCCUUUUGUCAUUAUUUUUAAUAAGGCUAAAUAUAUAGGUAUGAUCACAACUGUUUAUUCCAUAGCUUUUCAUGGAGCGAAAACUCGGUUGGCAGUGAUAUUUAUUACUAUCCUGAUUAAAUUAGACGGGAAUCGCUGCCAGUGGCGGCCAUUUCACUUGCGUAUUACAAAGUUGUGAUCAUACCUAUAUAUUUAGCCGUGAAUCCACUGUUAUAGGUGUCCGCUAUUCAUAAUCUUAUCGAGUUUGUUAUCGUUAUUACAUUAUUACGAAAGUACAUACUAAUGCUAAUGCGUUUUAGUACUGUCAUUUUGUAUUUUUUACACUAUUUUUAAAUUAAGAUUAAAUGAGUGUCUGCUAUUUUGAGGUUUUCCUAUUGAAAAGUAGUGAAAAUAAAUCCUUUUCCAAAAAAAUGUCGGCUAUUGGGAGGUAUUCGUUAAAGGAAAUUUCACUGUAUAAUGAAUUGUAGCCUGAUUUAUCAAAAAUCAUAUUAUGUUGUAGAUACUAAUGAUUAUUCCAAUAACUAUAUUUAUAACACCUAUUAAAUUAUAAGAAUUUCAAGUUUCUUAUUAUAAUUGUAACUGUGUUAAUAUACUAUAGUGUAUGAUCUAAGGCGUUAACUUAAAAUUAUAUUUUAUAUUAAAUUAAAGUCCUAAAAUAUAUUUAAAAACUAUUUUAACUAUUUAAUAGUUUAAAAAUAUGUUAGACUACUAAUAGGUUCAUUUGUAAACACAUUUAUUUAUAUUCCUUUCUCCUACAUGAGUAUAUUUCAUUUACAACUUAAAAAUUUACUUUUUUAAUUAUAUGUAAAUUCCUUACAUAGAAAAAAAACCACUGCCAAAAACUAAAACCUCUGAUUUUGAUGUGGAUAUUUUUAGACAAUGAAUUUGGAGCCACGCCUAACCAGAAAUCAAUAAUAAUAUUGUUUAUUUAAAGGAAUUAGGCUAUAGCUACUUUUUAUUGACAUUGACAUAAUAAGUGUUGCAUAUAAUGUUGAUAAAAUGUAUUCCAUAAUUAGACUAUAUUUGUAUAACAUUAUUGACUUCUGGUUGAACAUAAUAGCAAUAGCUAUAAAGUUAAAGGUCAAUAUAUGAAAUAUAAUUUUUUGAACUAUAAUAAAUAGGUAAUUGAAGUAAAUAUAUUAAAAAUUAUUGCUCAGAUUUUUAAAUGUCAUUUUUUUUUUUAUUACCAUAAUAUUAUAUAAUGUUAAUAAUAUGAAGCUAACUCAUAACCAUAUUUACCAAACUGACAAACUUUUAAAUUUUGCAUGGGGGUUCCUGUUACACUCUGGGUGGGGGGAUAAAGUGGAAUUUUAUAAUUUGAAUCUAAUACAAUUUUCAAAAUUCAUCAAUUUAAUCUUUUGAUUCUCUAAUAAUUUUUUAAAAUUUAAAAUUAUUAUUUUAGUUAAUUAAGAGGUUUUGGAAAACUUUUUAAAUUCUUCACCCCUAAGUUGUAAACAAAAAAAUGUUGAACAUUUAAUUUAUUUAUUCUGUGUAUACUAUAGACACAGAGUGGAUGUUGUUAAAAAGAGGAGGGGCAAGAUUUUUAAAAAUCUACAAAGGGAUAGUACAAUUAAAGAAGUUGGGAACCAUUGUAUUAGAAUUAAUGCAUAUCCUGUUUAAAGUUUAAAGUUCUUAUAAAGAAUAAAAUAUCUGGACAAUUUCUGUGAAAAAAUAAAUUAUAAAUGUCUAUUUAAAAAUCAAAAGUAUUUAUACUAUGAAAAGUUUAAAAAUUUAAGCUACAUAUCAAGAAAUGCAAGAUAAACUUUAAAUAAUUCUCUUAAAAAUCACUAUGUUCAUACACACAUAAUAUAAUAUAUUUUUUUUUCAACAAAUAUUAAUUUUUUACAAUUUUAUUGUACAGGUACUUUUAAGUUAUACUAGGUAUCCAGUAAUACCACGAGGUAUAAAAAUCAGUAAAAGACUUGCACAAUGUAUGCACCACGCUCUUCCAUCUGGAGUCCACUUAAAAGCUCUCGAAACAUAUGACAUUAUAUUUAAGUGUAUGGGCACUAACAGACUGAGCCAAGACCUCUUUAUUUAUAGUGCAGGUUUGUAAUUACAAAUAAUAAAUAUAUAUAUUAAUUAUUAAGUUUUAUGUUUAAAAAAUACGAUCAAUAAUUUUUUUUAAGGUUUAUUUCCUGUAAUGGGUUAUGCUGCAAUGAAUGUUAGACCAGACCUUUUGAAUAUAUAUGAAAAUCAUUUUGUACCAUUAGGAGAGAGAUUAAUACCAGGAUUAAAUGGUUUUCUAAGUGGGGUAUUACUUGGUUUAGAAGAAGGCUCUGAUUUUUUUGACAGGUACCUUUCUAUAUCUUGUCAAUAAAACAAAAUAUUAAUUAUUAAAUUAACCAUAUGGUUUAAUUUUACUUUGUUUCAGAACAAAUCGUUUAUUGGACAAUGUAUGUGCUGGUGUUGGGGCCUCAAUAUUUUUUAGUCACCUAUGGGAAUGUUUAGCUAAUAAUUUAGCAGUUCGACUUCCAGCUAUAUUAUAUAUAUUAUCUCGAUUUGAUAGAAAAUUAUUAAUAGAAAAUCAAAGUCAUAUAAUGGGUACUAAUAUUGAUACAAUGGUCACUGCAAUAUGUGCUUGUGUGCAAGAUUCUAUGGUUUUGGUUCAAAGAAGUGGUUUAGAUUUAUUACAAAUUGGCUUCCCAAUGCAUAGCACUCAAUUAUCUAAAAGUGAUAUGAUUCGUCUUGUAACUGCAUCUUUAGUAACUAUACUCCGUAGAGAUAUGUCUUUAAACCGGUAAUUUAAUUUAAUAUUUAAUGUAUGCUUAACAUAUAUAAUCUUAAAGGAAAUUUUUUUAAAUUUUUAGACGUUUGUAUGCUUGGCUUCUUGGUAAUGAAGUUAAUUUAACUUUAUUAAGUUCAGACCACCCUUUAGUAAAAUUAAGGAAAGCCCGAGAAUUAAACACAGUUAAAUAUUUUGAAAUGUAUUCCAGAGAUUUACUUGUACAGGUAUUAUUAUUUCAAAUUAUAAUUUCUGUACAUUUUGUGUGAUUUUUCAUUUCUUUUUUUUUAGGCUAUAAAAAUUAAACUUCAUGAAGCAACUGGUUCUAAGCCUCAUGAUUUACGUCCAUAUAGGCUUCUGGUAUCUUUAUUAGAUAAAACUGAAAUUGGACCUGUUAUUUUAGAUGAUAUAUUGUAUGAAGUUUUUAGGCUUCUUUAUUUGUGUUGUCAAAAAGACAAUAAAAUUGACAAAUCAUCUGAAUUAAUAAAAUCAGCAAAUUUAUUAUUUAGUUCCUUGGAACCUAAAUAUUUAUGGGAAUAUACAGGAAUCAUGUUUUCAAAUGCAUGCCAGUCACUAACUAGGAUAGACCAAUGUGAGGAAACAUCUGAUGUUGUGAAAUCUGUAGGCACUGGUGAUUUAAGUCUUGUUGAAAUAUGCUGUCUGACAGAUUUCCUAUUAGAUGCUAUUUCGUUUGAAACUUUUACUGAAACACCUAGUGAACAUUUACUUGAAUUAUUUAUUCAUAUUGCAAAUACAUUGACAGAUCAUUGUGAUAUGUUAACUUCAGAUCAAGCAAGCACAUCAUUAAUGUUGUUCUUAAAAAUACUGUCCAAAGUUCAACCAACUUUAUUACCACAAACUGAUUUAGGAUACAGUUCAUUGGAUCAAACUACUGAGUUACCUAAAAAAGCUACUGAACCUGGUAAAAUUGUCCAACUAAAUGUGGAUGGGCCAAAAAUAAGUGGUGUGAAACGAGCUCAGUCUCCAAAACUGAGGAUUGCAUCUGACACAUCAAGUCUUCAAUCUGAUUCAACUAUCAUGGCAGAUAAUCCAUCAAUUGACUUACAUUCAGAUACAACUAGUGGAGUAUUUGAUGGUGAUUCAUUAAAUUCAGCUACAAUUAUUCAAAAUUAUAACCAAAAAGAACAACAUAGUAUUUAUAGAUCUUGUAUAAAACAGUAUGAAAAGUUUUUUGUUACUUUUGUUUAUGGUGUGCGAGCAAACAUUGGUGAAACUAAAGGUUUAUCAGUAUUAAUGGAUGCGUUAAAAGUAAAAUCACCUCUAGCAACUGCCGAGGAUCGAGCAAGAAAUUUAGAAGAACUUUUGAAAACAGUGCUUAAUGCACAAAAACAAACAUUUGAUGAAAACUAUGAAUAUGAAGGUGUUGAUGAAAUAUCUCCUUUAACUAUUUUAAAUAAUAAACGUAGUGCUGGACUUGAAUGGACAAAACCAGUUAUGUUAGCUUGUAGAGUAUUGGUAGACAUAUCAACAUUUCAAGCAAUUCCUUUGUCUGACUCCACGUCAUCAUUAGUAUCUUCUAUUGAUAUAAAAGACUUAAAUAAUGAUGUUCUACCAGAAUGGUUAAAAUUAAUAAUUGUGUGUUGUUGUUGGUUGGGAAAUACUGCACCCUCUUUACAACUUGUCACAAUCGGAACUUUAGUGGAUAUUGUUGCUCUCUGUAGAAGCUCACAAUUACAUUGCAAAUCAAAUGAAUCAAGAAAUGGUGUUGUGUCACUAGUCCUACUACCACUAUUAAAACCUGUUCAAUUGUAUUAUAUUGAAUACCAUACAAAUGUAUUUCACGUAAGACAUCUGUAUUUUUAUUUCAAGUAUAAAUUGCUUAAAUAAUAAUAAUACAUUAUGUUUUUUAGGUUAUUGCCCAUUGGCUUUGGUUUCAUUUAGCUAAUCCAUUAUAUCAAGUGCGCUGUGUUGAAUUACUUUAUUUAUUGCAGAGCUCUUUGCAUUCAAGUGAUAUAGUAGAAAAUUGUAUUGGUGUGUACAAUAUAUAUUUAAAAUUAAAUUUAUAAAAUCUUUAAAACAUUACUAUUAUAAUAUAUUAUAGGAGAAGAAUUAACAUCAAGGAAAGCAACAGAAUUUCAUAAAUUAAAUGCAUUUAGAAAAUUUUCACUUUUAUGGCAUGUUGGCCGUGAACUCGCAGCAAAUUCACAAAAUGUGGGAGACAUGUUUUAUAAGUAAUUCAUUAUAAAAUAAUUAAUUAUUUUUUUAAGUUCUAUCACUUUUUUAAGCUCUAUGACAGUAAAUUACCAUAAAACUAUAUGUAUAUAUUUUUUACAACUUUUCUACAAACCUAUUGUUACAUUAAAAAAAAUUGCUUUAAAAUAAUAUUAAGAAAUCCUUUACAUUUAUUAUAAUAUUUUAAAUUAUUUAUAUUUUGAAUAACAUAGUAUUAUAAACAAUUUAAAUCAUUGAGCAUAUUAUCGAUAAUUUUUUUUAUUUAUUAGGAUUCUGCAACAAUAUCACUGAUAUUUCAGUUUUUCAUAAACAAAUAUGAAAUAAUAAUAGUGGUAUGAUUGAAAUUGAAACAGCUAUGUUCUCAGUCAACAUUUUAUUAUUUAACAUUUUUAAUAGUCUUUUAAUUCUAAAUAUUAGAUAAACAGUAUAAAUGUAUGUAAAUUAAGUUUAAGUAAUUCCAUUUAUUAAUAAAAAAUAUUGUAAUAUUUUAAUAUGAUAUUAAAUAUUAAAAUUUACCUUAACAAAUUGCCAAUAUCAAUAUACUGAUAUCAUUGUAAACCCCUAUUUGUAUGCUUUUGUUUAUAGGUCAAUGUUAAAAACAUUAGAUAACUUAGAACUUGGAGAGAGAAAUGCAAUAAAAGUUGAAGCAGAAGGAUGGCUUUUACACUCUUUAUUAAGAGGUGACAUUGGUCGAUUGAUUGAUCCUCUUAUAUUAUUACUCCUUGAUCCAUGUACAUCAAGAUUAAGUGUUCUGCAUGCCAAAGUUAGUCCAACACAAAACAAUGAAUCACAUGAAUACUCAGAAUCAUCUCCCAGUGAUCCUUCUGCAAAAAUCUAUGCUAUCAGUUCAGUUGAUGGGAAUGUAAUGUAUCAUGUUGCAGAUAAAUGCAAACAAGCACCAAAAAUUACUCCUUGUCGUAGUAAACGUGUGUUUGCUAUUACAACCUUAGCUGAACAGGAUUCUUCAAACCUUUUUAGUCGUUAUGUAACUGUAAAAAAAUGUCAAAUGAUGACUCGAUAUGAACCAUCAUUAGCAGAAAUGUCUGAAUCCCACCAUAAAAACAUGUCUUUACUUCAAAAUAUUUCAGUUUUUGUCAAUCCAUUUUCUGUUGACCCAAAUGUUACGAAUAAUAAUGAGUUUGAUGAAGAUUAUUCUGAAGAAAAAAAAGAAAGUACCCAAUAUACUAUAGAUAUGAUUAAUAAGAUUAAGCGUUUUAAAUCAAAUGUACAAAAUACAGUACGCCGUUCACCCAAAAGAAAACCAGAAAGUAAAAAUAUUCAAAAAUCUGUACAAAGAACUGGAUCUUAUUCAUCUCUUGACUCUAUUAAAACCAAUCCAGUUAUGAAUUCUACAACAAUGAUGUCUUCAAUUGAUUUAUUACAUCUAUCUUCAAUAUCAGACACAAUAUUUGCUAGAGUUACUGAUGGUGAGACAUACCGUAACAAUAUACGGACAUCGGCUUCUGCAACGGAUAUGAAUGGCCAUUUUACCGAAAACGAGAGUGAUUUAGUUAGAAGCUAUUCAUUCUGUGGGAAUGAGCAAAUAAAAAUUGAUGCAGACGAAUCAACACCUGCUGAUGAAUAUUUUGAUCCUUCUAAAUCAGAAGAAACAUCUGUUGUACGCGAAGUGCUUAAUAGUGUAUUAGAUGCUGUAGUUGAUGAAACUGUUAUACCUUUAAAUGAUGAAGAGGAUGAUGAUGACUUGACUGAAGUAUCUGAAUCAAUCAAAGAAGAUAUUUCUAUUGCUCCCCCUGAUUACAAUAUUGAUGGUAACGUGAGAAAUAUUCACUCUCAUCUAUUGUUGUAUUGUGGAGUAUAUGACGUUCAACGGACAUUAUAUGCUUUCUGUACUUUAACAAAUAUGUUAAAAACUAAUGCCCGUGCACUUUUAUGUGCUGCUGCUACUACUUCUGUUCCAGUUAAAUCUCAGAUCUUGAAAUUACUUUCUAGACACAGAAAAUCAAUGUUUGGCAGAGGAUUUCACGGGGAAAUUGAUAUGACUGGAAUACCCUUUAAUCGAGGCAGUAGCAUGUAUUUAGAAUUACUCAUAUCUAUUUGUCUAUAUUACAUAAGAAGUUACUAUCCUAAUUUAGGACAAUCUAAAAUCACUCAAGAAGAUAUUGCUGGUAAUCGUCAAGUACAAAUGUCUAGUGUGGAACUAUUGAGCCUUAUUUGUUGGGAAUUGAGUGGUAUUGUAAGAGAUAGUGGACGCGGUUUAGCGUGUUAUUUAGCUGAAUUACUAGCUAGAUGUAAAGCACAAAAAGUUGCAUUGCAUUGUUUACUUAGUAGUGUACUGGAAAAUUCUGGUCCUGAAAGUAAAGCUACAAGUUUCACUGCAGAAAUAUUAUCAUUUAACAAUCACGAUCCAACAGAUCAUGGUGCUAUUGAAGGUAGAAUGAAUCGCGAAUCCGAAGCAUUCCAAGCUCUAUUGUUACGACUAUUACUUUCAUUAAUCAUAUUAGAACAUGAAGUUGAUAAUAGCCGUCAUCGAGGUAAUAAUGUGGGAACUGAUUCUUAUACUGAUAUAGCUGCAGAUAAUGUAGAAGGUACUGAUGUACGUUAUUUAUCUGGCAGACCAAUUCCUAUGCAACCAAUGUUUGUUACUGCAUUGGUUGCUGCUUUACAUCCCUCUGCACGAAUGAGACAUUCUCAUAUUAACUGGACGUCACUUGUCACAUCUUCAUUACCCUAUCUUGGACCAGCAUUAGUUAAUGUUGUUUCUGUAACUGUACGACAAUUAUGUGCAAAUAUCGAAACAAUAGCUGAGGUCUAUGCUGAUAAUUCAAAAAAUGUUAAUUUAAGGUAAACAUUUUAAAGUAAAAUGUUUAUUCUUAUUUAUUAUUAUAAGCAUAUUUAUGAUCAAUAAAAAUUUAAUAUUAUACUUCAGAUUACCAGCAGAUUAUGCAAUAACACAAUUGGAGGCACUUACUGUUUUAUGUCAUUUUUGCCUUCUUGAUACUGGGCAACCAUUUAACCAUCCUUUAGAUCACAAUUCUACAGCAAAUUCAAAUACUCCAGCACAACUAUUCAAUAAUCUAGUUCAUGUCUUUAUUCCAUCUCCUCUAUUAGCUGUGAGUGAUAAUGCUUUUUUUAUUUAUAAUUCAUAUUUAUACAUUAUAUCAAUUUUAUUUAUUAAAGCUCCAAGAUCAAUCAUCUAAUGAUGAAAGUGAACCACAGUUAGGAGCAAGACGAUCUUUACUAGCAAUUUUACCAAGAAUAGUGGCAAGUGUAUCACUAUUGUGGAAAGCACUUUGUACCGGAAAGCAGAGGUAAGUGUUACAAUUUUAAAAUAUUGCUAUUGGAUAAAACUAUUAAUUAUGGAUUUAAUUUAAUUUUUUUCAGUGAAAAUAAUGUGGCUGGAUGUCCAAGGUUAGUCAAAGGCCAACUCUUGGAGUUAUUAAGUCCAAUUGCUGAACAUCAUGGUAAUAGUUUUUUAACAGCAUUUUCAAUUGUAUGGAAAGAAAGGCGAUCACGCACAUCUGUUUUAUCACCAUCCGUAAGAUCAUUUAUUCAAUUAUAUAAAAAAUGUAUUAAUAAAUGUUAGGUAUACAGGUGAUUUUUUUUAUUCAUAACAGAAACUUUCUUUACUCUAUUUUCAUAAUUUUAGCCUUAAUCAUAUAAUAUCUUAUAUCACAGAUUAAGAUAUAUAGGGCAAUUUACUCAACUGGAAACAUUCAUUAUUGCCGUUUAAUGUUCCUCUAGUAACCUUUUAAAUAUAUUCUGUCAAAACCUACUGCUAUAUUCUUAUUAAUUGGUCUGCAACACUGUGCACUCUUUGAUUUCUGAAAUUGUCUGUAUAAGUUGCUACAAUUUCCAUCCUAAGGUGGAAUAUAUGUUUUUCUAAAACUUCGGAGAAUAUAUUUUUGGUUUAGGGAUAAAGUGUACUGUUGGAAUUUGAAGGCCAUACACCACUAGUUGGUGGGGUGGUUGUGUGGUAAAUCCAUUCAGUACUUGCACAUAGUGUUUUCUUUGAAGGACGCCUUUGAGAUUAUUCCCAAGUCCGGUGAUUAAUCUUUUUUCAAUGUAGCUAAGUAGAAAGUCCUUUUGUUCUUACCACUGUGAACUAAUAUUAUUUGUGAAUAAUCAAUCAAACCGUGUUUCUCCAUUUUCAUCAUUAUUAUCAUAGUCUUAAUGUAAGAUAUGAUUGUUAAAGUCACCAAUAUAUAUUGUUGGAUGUUCUAGAACGCAUAAUGGCAAGUUAUUUCAUGAAGUAUUGGGGGUUUGUACAUAUUUACUAUAUUUACUCCACUCACAUUUGUUGUUAGGAUUAAGAUUUCUCCCACUACUUCUUGUGCAACUGUUUUCAAAUUACUAAUUCAUGAUCUAAGGGAUUUUGCAAUUCCAUAUUCUUUAUGGUGUAUAGCUCAAAUCAGAUUGUAAACAGCUAUUUGGCCCCUUUUGUAAAGGUUGGCUUCUUCUAUUGUAUGCUUUUCUUGGAAUUUGAUAUACCCUGAAGCAUUAGUCAAUUAUCUGUGUUGAUUAUGUUAUUGAAGGCUGCACUUUUAUGUGAUUGUUUGGUAUCAGCCCCUUAUUGGUGAUAUUAGUUACAUUAGUAUUCUUACUUGGUACAAAAAUGUCUUCAGAAUAUCUACUAGCGUAUGCAGAGAGUAGGAUACCACCAUUUUCCCCAAAUAGUUCUAAUGUUACAUUAUCAUAUUCUUGUCACCCUUAUAUUUGAGGGUGAAACGACUACAUACUUUUGCUUUUCAAAUGGCAUACUAUAUUAAAAAUUCCUAAAAUAGGUAGGAGUGUUAUUUAAAAUAAAUUUUGUUUUUAAAGUUUUUGAUUGAUUUCUGUUGGCUCGUUUUUGAGAUGUUCUACUUUUACUUACCCUAACCUAUCACCUUACACAAACUUAAAAGUGAAACAUCUUAUGAAUGGGUUAACUAAAAUCAAAAAUUUCAAAAAAAAAAAUGUAUUUUAAAUAGUACUCCAUUUAUUAAAGACAUUUUCAACAUAGUUGGCAAUUUUAAAAUCAAAAGUAGGUAGUCAUUUCCCCCCAAAAACACGUGCUAGAAUAACGGGGAUGGGUGUAACCACUGUUAUAGAUAAUUUAAUAUAUACUUGUAAGCAACAAUAAACCAUUGCUAACAAAAAAAAAAAGAUUCUGAGUGGAGUUCAGUUAAUAGUGAUGGUUUGUCAACAAUGUAUAUAACAUAUUAUGGUAAAAUAAUUAAAUAGGUAUUAUAUAUAUUUUUUAAUAAUUUUGUGUAAUGUACCAAUUUUUCCGGUUUUGCCAUGUUUGUUUGUGGUUGUUGACAUUUGUUGAGAAAACUCCUAAUGUACUAUUAUGGCUGUUCAUUACCAGUCCUGUGUAUCUUGAUACCUUAAAUAAAUAUUAAUUAAAGAUUCUGAGUGGAGCGAAGAAGCUUAUGGUUUUAUAAAUAUGUUUUUUUUUUUUUUUAUCUUUGCGUAAUUUUUCUACCAGAAAUUUUGCUCCGAUUUUUAAGUGUAGCAUCUUUUUUGAAAGCAAAUCAACAUGAGGAGGAAUGUUGGAGAUUUCAUUUUUCAACUAUCUCAGUUUUCUCAUCAAAUUAAAAAAACCAAAAAAAAAAAAUAGGAAAAUAUAAGAAAUGUAGAUAUUAGUUAAAAUAUAUUACGGCCUCAAAAUUUUGCUCCAAUUUAUAAUGAUAGCAACUUUUCUAAAAUGAAAUCCAACUGGAGAGGUUCUUUAAGGAAAUCAUUUUUCGAUUUUUUCAAAAGUUUUCCCAGCAAAUGUAAAAACCCAAGAAAAAUCAUGGGAAAAGGGGGAAAAUUAGUACAACAUUAAAAAAUAUUAUUAAAGAAAAUAUAUAAAGUCUAUUUAAUUAUUUUACUAUAAUAUGACAUAUUUAUUGUUGACAAAGCAUCACUAUCAACUAAACUUUGAUGCUUACUCGUUUGAUGAAACUCGUUUCUUACAAGUAUACAUUAAAUUACCUAUCACAGUGGCUUCAUCCAUAUCCAUUAUUCUAGGACAUCUUUUUAAUAUUAAAUUCAAAAAUGGAAUUUAUUCUUAAAAAGUUUAAAAUAUAACUGUAAUUAAAUACUAGACAAUUGUCUGAAGUGAAUCAUAGUAGAGUACAAAAUAGAUAAUAUUUAUUGUUUAUACCUCACAUAAUUUAACCACACUUAACUUAAUUGUAUUUGAAUUAAUAGCAAUAUUUUCAAACAAAUUAUCACUAUUUAGCCUUACUCUUCAAUGAUGAAUAUAUGGAUUGUUAAUAAUAAUAUAUAAAUAAGUACCUUAAUUAUUCUAUAUUACUAAAAAAAUUAUUAUAAUUUACAUUGAUAAUAUUAAAUAUGAAUAAUACUGUUUAUUUUAUGGUUAAAACUGUUAAAAGAAUCCAUUCAAUAUUAAAACAUUAAUUUAUCUCCAGUUUAAAUGUUAAAUAUAUUUCUAUAGAUUGUACCUGAAGCAACAGAAAUGCAACAAGUAUUAGUACAGUUACUGAGUUCCAUAAAGUCCAUGCCAUUGGAUACAUUAAUACAAACUCUCCAUCAAGUUGUUAAACAGCCAUCUUUAAGUCAAGUAACUACAUUUUGAAUUAUAUUAUUUAUUAUUUAUUAUUAAAAAAUUAAUUCAAUUUUCAGGCAGGUCAACAAGAUACUCAAAUCAGUAUUGAAGUCAGUGUAUUGGAAUUAUUUGUUCAUUAUGUGCAACUCGCUCCUGGUCAUUAUUUAGCCGAAACAUGGCCAUCACUUCUUGGGUUACUCAAAGAAGGAAUAACAUUGUCACCCCCUUCACAAUUUAUGUUAUUGUCAGUAUUAAGCCAAUUUGUACAUAGAGCCUCCGCCCCAUUAGCAGAUCGUAAAGAUCAAAAAGAUCUCCAAGAUAUUACAGCUAAGGUACAUACAAUUGUAUUUAUAAAGACAAGUAGUUUUUAAUUUUAAAAUUAUAAAUGUUCACUUAUAUUUAGAUGGUUGAAAGUUGUUCUCAAAUAGCAGGCGCUUGUUUAGAACAGAGUUCAUGGUUAAGAAGAAACGUGUCUGUGAGAGAAGAUGAAUUAUCUGCUGCCAAUUAUAUUACUGAAAAAGAUAUAGAAAAAGGUUGGCAAUUAACAUUUAGUAUUAUUGAUAAUAAUUAAGUUUGUUUAUUAAGUACAUUUCAAAACAUAUUAAUAUAUUUUAGUUGGAAGUGGUAGUGGAAGCAAUGCUCAGUACAGUAUACCAGCCCAAACUGUUCUUGCCCAACUUCUUGCUCCCUUGUUAGAUAUAACAUUUGGUAACCAAGAAAAAGAAAGAGUAUGUACAAUACUCACAAUGGUCAUGUAUAAUGUAACACCUUAUCUAAGAAAUCAUACGUAAGUAUUAAUUACAAAAUAUUUUCUAAUUUUAAUUUUAAUCAUUGAUUUUGAUUUAUUUCAAUUAUCUAGUACUAAAAAUAUGCCGAGCUUUCAUACAUGUUCUCAAAUCUUAGCUAGUAUUAGUACUUAUCAAUAUACGAGAAAAGCUUGGAAAAAAGAUGCAAUGGAAUUAUUACUUGACCCAACACUAUUUCAAAUGGAUGAUCGUAGUAUCCAGUAUUGGAAAAUUAUAAUUGAUAAUUUAAUGUCUCAAGACACAACUACUUUCAGAGAUUUUAUGGGUAUAUUUUUAUAAUUGUUAUUAUUGUUCUGUCUUUAUAGUUUAAUUUUUUUUUUUUUUUUUUAGGGCGAGUUAAUAUGAGUCAAGCAAAUUCCUUAAAUUUAUUUUCAAAUAGAGAACAAGAAUGUGAACAGAGAGCACAGCUAUUAAAACGACUUGCAUUUGUUUUAUUAUGCAGUGAAAAAGACCAGUUUCAUAAACAUGUUCCUGAAAUACAAGGUUUGAUUUUUAUUUUUUUACUAAAUUAAUAUUAAUAAUAUUUUUAUAUUUUUAUUUUAGAAAGACUUGUAGAUACUCUUCGUAUGCCUCAAUCAGGACCUGGUAUUCACGCUCAAGUGUUCCUAUGCUUCAGGGUUUUACUUUUACGUAUGUCGGGUCAUCAUAUAACUUCUAUGUGGCCAAUUAUAGUUAGUGAAAUGGUUCAAGUAAUGAUACACAUUGAACAUAAUUUAAGUACAGAUUCUGAGGAGUUCAGGUAUGUUAAAAUUCAUUAAUAUCAAAUAUUAUUUGAUUCUUUUCAUUUUCAUCUUCCAAUAAAUAACAAAUGUAUUGUUUUUUCUGGUGCGUUUGGCUGAUCUUCCAUUUUUGGCUUAUGGCAGACGAAAUACCAGGUAUGUUUUGUGUAUGCUUAUUGCCAGUUUUUUGUGUGCUUUUUAACAUAUUUUGUGUACUAACAUAGUUCAAAUAAUUAUUUUGAAAUCUAUUACCAAGGUUAAGUCAAUGUCGCUGCUUGAAGGUGUCUUGGGUUAAAUCUGUUACUGAUAUUCUUCUUUAUUUCUCGUUUAUAGUAAAAGUAUAAAAUUAAAUAAAAACUAAUAAGGCUAAUGGUUAAAAUAAAAUUAAUCAGUGUUUCUUUUUUCCAUUCUUCCGUAAUAUUCCCAAUUCUUGAAUUCCUUAAUCAUUAUUAUAGUAGUGAAGAAAUGAAUCUGGCUGAAUCCACUCCUAAAGCGAAUUCAUCUUCAAGAAGAAGAAAAAAAUGGAAUCGAAACAAGUAUAACUUGCAAGCUGAGAAACAGAGUUCAUCAAAUUCUAGAAAAUCUACUGUCAUUGCCAACCAUACAAUUGAAAAGUAAGUUCUAAUAAUGAACAAAACAUCAAUUGGGGAAAAAGAACACUUUUUAGUUUUUAUGUGUAUACUCAAUAUUCACUGGUUAUAUUUAUAUUAAAAUAAGAAAAUUGCAUAAUAUAAAAUUAAAAAUUAUUAAUUGCCUUUAACAAAAUCCAAUAUUGACUUGACCUUGAUCAAUAAAUGUUAGUUAUCAACUAUGCUAGUUUGGUGUGUGGACAUAUGCAAUAUUAUUAGUUACAUUUUGUUGCCUGUAGAUUUAUUUAGUAAGUUAGAAAUUAAUUAUAAAUAUGUUUGUUGUAAAAAGUUUGCAUACACAGUAGUGAAAAUUAUUUAUUAACUAUAUUUCUUAUAAAAACCAUUACUUUUACUAUGUGUUAAUCACAGUUGUAAAUUUAAAAAGUCAUUAUUUUAUUAGCCCUGACUGAUAAUAAAACAUAAUAUUAUUAGGUAUAUCUUAAUUUGUGGCCAUACUAAAUUAGUUUUUAAUAUUUAAGUAUAUUUUAUUAUUGUAUUAUACUAUUAUUAUAUUAAUUUAAUUUAAAUUAAUUAUUUUUAAAUUCAUUUAUAUAAUAUAUAUAUAAUACAAAUUGAUGAAAUAUUCAUUACAGAAUAUCAUUUUAUUAUCUAUAAAUUAUUUUACAGGAAUUCUACAUUAAAGACUUCUUAAAAAAGCCACUUGCUUUCCUGAUAAUAAUAAAUGAUCUAUGAUCCUAUUGAUAAUUAUUGACAAAGAGUUAUUUAAAAGAUAUUGCUUUUUAGUAGUCCAAUAUAUAAUAAAAUCGAAUAAAUGAGUUCAUCAAUUUAUACAUUAUAUUAUGGUGUACACAAUGACAAUUAUUGUACAACUUAAUAUGUUAACUAUGAGAAAAAUGAAAAUGCAUACAUUAUCUAUAAGAUUAUUUAUAAAUUAUCAAAGUAUUUUAUAAACUUUCUGAUUCAAUAUUUUUAUUGUCAUUUAUAUAAACUACACAUUAGAUUCGAAAACCAAAAGUUAUAAUUUGUUAAUAAUUAUUUUCAUCUUUCAGCUAAAAUGUAAAAAUAUAUAUUAUUCUAUAAGUAAAUUACCUAAUACAUUUUUUAUGUACCUAAUUAUUAUUAAUUUAUGGAGGUUUGAACUUAAAAUAUAAUGUUAAUUUCAAUCUUUUUUUAAAAAAAAUGAAAAUAUUUAUAAAGAAAAUUGAUUAUGAAUUAUAAAUUGUAAUGAAACUAGUUUAGUAUAAUAUAAAAAUUAAUAGUUUAGGCAUAUUAUUUAUUGCUUACAAAAAUUAAUUAAUAUAUUAAGAUUAACUAAUUCUUUAACAUUUAAAAGGUUCAACUUACUCGUGUAUAAUUUUGUUAUUAUUUACUUGUUAUUCAAAUAAUUUAUCAAAAUAAUAUUGAGUAUUGCUUAUUUCUAUAAUUAUCAUUAUUCUUUAAUUAUUACUUUUAUUUGUUUCAAAAUUCAUGUAACAAUAAAUUAUUUGCUAAUUGGUUCCUAUGGCUUACGAUUGCAUAGGCUAUAGCAUAAUGCAUGAGUAAAACAAUUAUAUAGGUUACAUGUUUCUGUUUGAAUAUUGAAGCAUGACACCAAAUAUUACCAAUUAUAAUAGUUUAUAAUACUUUACUUUAUACAUGAUAUUUUAUUGGUAUGUGUUUAAAAAAUAAAUUAUUAUAAUUUAUAUUUAGUUUAAAUUAUUGGUAAUUGCAGUAAAUUACUAUUAUGGUUUAAGUAAUGGACAAUUACUUAUUGUGUUGGAAAUUUUAAUGUUAUAAACAUAUAAAAUUAAUUUAAAUUUUAGUCUAUGUAAUAUACUUUUUUUUUGUUAUUAUACAUUCAUUAACAUAUUUCUAAUUUCUAAGCAAAUUUUAAUAAUACUUAAAAUGCUUAUUUACUAAUUGAAUAAAUCAGUUUAAAUUAAGAAAUAAUAAUAUUAUUUUUGUCCAUAUAGAUUCUACAAAUAUAAUAAAGGAGUUCUUAAUUUUUAAUUCUAUUGGAUAACUGUAUGCAUACUGACAAAUUGUAAACAAUACAAAAUAUUAAAAUAAAUACUUUGAUAACUAAAUUUAUAUUUUUUUAUACAUUUUUAUAACUCAAUCAAUAUAAUAAACAAUGUAAUUGUAUAAAUAAACUUAAUCAUAUCAACUUAAUCAAUAAUUGAAUUAUAUUUAAUUGUAGACAUACACACAAAGUAUGGUUUCAAGAUAUAAAAUUAUUUGGAAAGUAAUUAUAAUAAAUUUAAUUGUAUGUAUUUCAACUUUCAAUAACUUAUUUAAUUACAUAUUCUAAUAAUAUUUCUGUCAGCAUGUCACUAAUAUUAUUGGUUACUGUAAAUUUAUUUUAUUACAGUCAAAAUCUUCAACAUACUUUUUAAAUAAAUCUUAUAUAAUUUGAAUAGCUUUAUAUUAAAAUUUAAGUUGAAAUACUUAAAACUAGAAAUUAUAUCUUAUUUAAAUAUACAAUGUGUCCCACCGUAAUGUUCGAUGGAUUUUUCUUGCGCUAUCAAUAUUAGAUUUUAUUAGAUUUUUUUGUUCAAUCGGUUUAUCUUUGAGGGGGGUAUUUAUUUGGAGAAAAAUUUAAAUUAUUAUUUUUUUUUUUUUUGGGUGUAUGUUAAGGGAUGAAAAUAAAAAUUUAAUUUUUUCAUAUCGAUGUCCCCUUCAAAGAUAAAUCAAUUGAAAAAAGAUCAAAAAAAGGGAAUAUUAACAACGCUGGAAAAAUCCGUAGAACACAGUGUAUAAAAUGCUAUCAUAAAUCUAAAAAAAAGUAUAAUAGGUUUUUAAAUAUUUUUAAUUUAUUAAUGUUCAAAUAAAAUUUAAAAUACAAAAUUAUAUCAUUUAUUCAAAAGGAAUAUAAAACAACUUAAUAAUAGUGACAAAAUUUUUUUUAAGUUUUUAAAUAUUAUUUAUCCGAGUUGAUUUUAAAAUAUAGGUAUAUAAUAUAAUAAUAAUAUAAUACGUAAUACUAUUAUUAUGUCAAAUAUUAUAACUAACAUUUUAAAUUUUAUACACUGAAAACUGCAAAAAAAAACUUUUGGAAUCCUAUACUUAUUAACAGAUUUUUAAUACUGUGUCAUGUAGGAUGCUUAAUGAAAAUGUUAAGUCUUUUGAACAUAUUUUCAGGUGACUAUAUAUUUGACACAAAAUAUAUUUAGUUAGUUUUUUUGCUAUUUUCUAGAAAAUUAAAAAUUGUUCUGUUUUAAUCCUGUACUAAUAUUGGUGUUAUAUUUCCAUAGCCUUAUACAUCUAUAUGGAACAUGAAAACACAUUUUCAUGGUUAGAGUUUCAUUUCGAGGACAUAAACAUGUGUGAUAGCAAAUUGUGAGUUUUAAUUUGCUGUCCACAAAGUACAAAUUUUCUCUCUCACACUUUAUAUGAGUUUAUAUUAGCUUAUUUAUCUUCAUCUGUUCCAAACCUCGGGGUGAAUGAUCCGUUUAGAUGUAUAAGUCAAUGUAUAUUUCCAAUUAAUAAAUAAUGCUACAUACAAUUUUUGGGGUAAUAUUUCUAUUCAACUAAGUCAAAAUAAAUGUUGACCUAUUAUUAUUGUAUAACAAAUUUUUUCAUGCUUUGCUUAGAAUAAAAAAAACAAAAACAAAAAAGGAACAUAUUAUUUAUAGUUUUGACAAUAUAUUCAUGAACUCCUCUAUCAAUCAAUUAUAUGUACUGUUUUCUGAAUUACAGUUCACAUAUACGGCUGCUGUCUGGACUUGAUUGGACAUGGGUAGUUAAUAGCAAUAAUGGCCUUCAUGCAAGCAAUAAUCCACAGUGGUUACAACUUCAACUAGCUGCUGUUAAACUUCUUAGUGUUGCCAUUCAACUUCCUGCCGACAUUCUACCUCAAUUUCAAAUGUAACAUUAAUUUUUUCAUAAUUUAAUUAUAUUAUAUAUGGCAUAAGUCAUUACACAAUGAAUUUUUUUUUUUAGGUAUAAGUGGGCUUUUGUUGGGCGGCCAGAUUUGUCGCAAAAUGAACAAAACCCAGUAGAAUUUGUUCCACAUGUUUUAAGGAUAGCUAGGAUUAUGGAUUCAAAAGUAAUCAUAAUUCAAAAUAUAAUUCACUUUUCAUCAAUUAAAAUAAUAUAGUAAAUGUUAUAUUUUACAGUAUGGGAGUCCAAUUGAAACGUAUCCAGAUACAUUGUUGCCAACUGGUUCAACAGCCCGGUCGUUGCAAGAUCUUCAUCCAUUUUUUUCUGCUCUUAGUACUGGUGAGCCACACCCGUCCUUGAACAGUACCAUUAGUCAAUUAGAGCAAGAACUUGAGUUGGAUUUCCUAGAGUCGAUACCGUCCAGAUAG